AUGAUCUCUCAACUCCUCCUCGCGGCUGCUGCCAUCACUCCCGCCAUGGCCUUCUGCGGUGGCCACACACACCUUGACAGACGUGCCGAGGGUGAGGUCCCGAUCAACACCUUCGGCUACACGGGCGCUAUUGGUCCCCUUUUCUGGAACACCCUCGCCGCUGAGAACACGGCCUGCAACACCGGUACGACCCAGUCGCCCAUUGACAUGGUCGCCGGUGUCUUCAACAUGGUCCACGGCGCCGACAUCUCACUCGAGGUCCCCGACGUCCCGGCGGGCGCCGUGUUUGAGAACCUGGGCACCACUGUCGAGGUUGUGAUGGAGGGCGUCGGCGGCAAGCUCACGCUGCCCAGCGGCACCGAGCUUGAGCUCAAGCAGUUCCACUUCCACCACCCGUCCGAGCACAUUGACAACGGCGUCUCCAUGCCCAUGGAGAUGCACAUGGUCUUCCAGACCACCGAGGCCAUCCCCCAGACCGCCGUCAUUGGCGUGUACGUCGACGUCGACUCUGGUGCCGCCGCCGCCCCCAUCGCCAGCAUCCCCAGCUCCAACGUCACCCAGACCCUCAUGAAGCCCGUCGUCGUGACCAGCCGCUUCGGCCGCCGGCAGAACGGCAAGCGGGCGCCCUCGUCCGUGCUCGAGACCGUCUUCGCCUCCGUCGGCGCCAUCGCCACGCCCGGCACCAAGACCACCACUGGCCCCCUCGUCAUGUCCGAGAUCGUCAACGCCGUGCUGGCCGGCGGCUUCCAGUCUUAUGCGGGCUCCCUGACCACCCCCCCUUGCUCGGAGCAGGUCACCUGGCUCGUCUCGACCCAGAAGCUGACCAUCUCGGCGGCCACUUUCAUCAACGCCCGCAACAUCCUCGGCUUCAACUCGCGUUUCCCCCAGAACGCCCCCGGCCAGCCCAACGUCCUGGCCCAGAUCAAGUUGUAA